GAAGACGGAGUUUGGCUGAGUUUAGGAAGCUGGCAGUGGCAGUAACUCUUCUGCAUACUUUUGUCUUUUAUCGUCUCCAGGUCAUUUCUUAUUUCUGCUGCUGAUAUGACAGCGAAGCUACAUAGUCCUGCCCUGUACCAGCACGUCAGCUCUCCUCCUCUCACAGCGGCCCCUGCUUCCCUGAAGCCGCGAACGUUUCCGCGCAGGAAGGCGUUGCGUUUCCACGGACUUCCCCGCCUCUCGUUAGUGAAUGCUACCAGGAAAUACAGGGUUUAUAAAUGAAACGGACCCUCAGCACGCGCGCACUGCUGGACUAACUUCCGAAGUGACAGAGACUUUCGGGUAACAUGGCAGCUGCUGUUUGUGCCUUCAUCCUGACGCUGUCAGCACUGUGCGGACCCAGAGUGGGAACAGGAGCCGUCAGCACACCCACAAAUGUCAGCUUGAAGUCCUCGAACAUGGAUCUGGUGCUGAGUUGGGAUUCACCUGAAGGGGCAUCCAGCGGUCUGCUCUACACAGCUGAGUACAACACCUCAGUCACAUCCUACAAAGUGGGCUGUGUGAAUAUUUCCCAACUUGAAUGUGACUUUACCAACCUCUCCAUCAGCAUGUAUGGAAAGUAUACAGGCAGAGUGCGGGCGCAGUUGGGGGCUGAGAGCUCCAACUGGGUGGAGAGUAACCAGAUUACCGUGGACAAAGACACCAUCAUUGGUUCACCCACUGUCACUCUCUUCUCCAAUGGGGCUACUAUUGAAGUCACCAUUGUAGAUCCAGUGUUCAAGACCUCGUCUCUCAGGGAUGUUUACUCCUUACCCACCUACAACAUCACCUACUGGAAGUACGACCAGAUUAAAAAGGCCAGAAGCCUUAGCAACAUACAUCAAAACCGGAUGGUUCUAAAUGACCUGGAACACUGGACCAAGUACUGCGUCCAAGUCCAAAUCAACACCAAGAGGAACCCCAACCCCAGCAAGCCCAGCAAACGUGUCUGUGCGAGCACCACCAAUGAAAGCGGAGCUCCAUGGGUGGCAGCUGUUGUGACGUUUGUCAUCAUGGCAGUGGCAGUGGCUCUGGUGGUGACUGCAGUGGUGUAUCGGAAAAGUAUAUCCCACUUUCUCUGCCCAAAAGAUUCACUGCCUCAGCACUUUAAAGAGUACCUGCUGGCGCCCCCCAUAUCACCUGUGUACCUAGCCAUGCAGAACUCCCACCCACCUGAAGAAAUCUACCAUCCAGUCAGCAUCAUCUCAGACAACGGGACUGUGGAGGAAGGGAGCCCUCUGGAGGCAACAGGGACUAGCUGCAGCAAACAGCCUGACAGCACAAUAGGGAAAAGAUAGUGGGAAGAGGGUGAGGCUGAAAAACACAGGAGCAAUAGAGAAGAGCCAAUCUGCAGGCUGCAGGCAGUUGGGACAUUAAAGACACUGAGAAACAAUGAUGACUUGACUCAGUUUUAUUGCAACAAAUUCUUCAGCAGUCCAAUAUUAUUCCUUGGAGCAGGUGCUACUGUGAAGUGAUUGUAUGGCAGAGCCACAGAGACGUGAAGGUACAGGAUUGAUCACACAGUCCUGCUGUAGCCCCCAGUUAUUACCACCUACUGUACUGAAGGAGCAUGCCACAGCCCAUUGGAGCUGACCACACUAAAGGAUUUAUGCUGCCAUGGUGCUCUUAGAUGCCCAUCCAUAAUUUACCGUCUAUGAUUCUGGGUUAAAGUAUGAAUGCGGACUUCAAAAAACUGCAUAAUCUGCCAUUCAAUGGGAACAUUUGUGAAGCAUAAAUAGUUUUAAUUUGCAAUAUAAAGAUUUUCUUAGAAGAGAAGCUGCAACAGAAAGUGUGUUUGUCGUGGUAUCUCACAGGGCUGAGUUAGUCGUUCGGUCCAAGCUAACACAAUGUCCAGCUCAAAGGUUUACACAUUAAUGUUGUCCUCAGUUGAACUAAAUGAAUAAAGGAAUGAUUUGAAAAUGUGCUA